AUGCUUGGGAAGAAAGCUCCAGGGGCUACAAGUGGUCCUUUGGGGAAAGAAUCUAUCUCCCAGAACGAUCUCCCUGGUCGGAAAAAGCCAGACCUAAAGCCCACCAAAUCUGCACCCUCGAAGAAGUUACCUACUACGAAGCCCUUAUCAAUGUCAACCCACUCUGUAGGUUCUUCUGAGAAGUUGUCCCCAUCUCCAGGUCUGAAGAGCCCUAUCGAGCGCACACCUGUACAAAAGUCAGUGAAAAAGUCAGUCAAAAAGUCAGUCCCUUCACAAGAUGUCGAACCGGAAGAGACAAAUGUCGAAAAUGAAGAAGAAGUCCCAAGUGAAGCAAGCGCAGAAGACGCCAGUCCUGUCAAUUUGGUCGACAAUGAGCAGGAUGAGGAGCUUGAGCAGAGAAAAGAUGUAGUGGGUGAUGCAAAAGCGUCGGGAUCGACGGAGAAGUCUUAUUUUCAACGCGGCAAAGAUGCUGCAACUGGUCUUGCAAGUUUCGCUCGAACUGCGAACAAGGCUUAUUCUCAGCUACCUGUUUCGGUUCAACAACAGGUUAAAAGUCGCGUGCAAACCGGGGUGGGCAAGGUCAGGGAAACGACCCGCUUUGCUUCCGACGGUGCAGGAAAUGAAACUCGGGAGGUCACAGAGAUUACAGACGCAGCCCCUGACCUUCCGGCUGAUCUGUCUGCUCUGGCUGGUCUCAGCGUUGGAGAAGAUGGAAAUGUUCUCGAUGACAACGGCAAGGAAGUCGGUCAGCUGGUUGAAGGGGAAGCAGAAGAUCUUGCUGGGUAUACGAUCGGCGAGAACGGUGAAAUCCUCGACGACGAUGGCGAUCUGGUCGGGCGCGUGGAGCUCCUUGGUGACCAAAAUGAGCAGUCUGAUGCAUUACCAGAAAUCGAAGGUGCCUUUGGCGUGGAAGAUCUCGCAAACUUGCCCGUCACAAAAUUGGGUGCGGUCAAAGAUCAAUCCGGACGAGUGGUCGGCAGACUCAUUGAGGGGGAUGCCGAAGAUUUGGUCGGUUCAACCGUGAAUGAUAAAGGCGAAAUAUUGGACGAUGGUGGAGAUUUGAUCGGUCGUGUUGAGCCCGUCUCCGUGGACGAUAUCGGAGAAGACCUGGGAGAAGGAAAGGAAUCACAAGGUGUCUCGCUACCUGGCCUUUCAAUUCUCAAGGACAAAAUUAUCAAUGAGGAGGGCGAGAUACGAGACGAGGAUGGUGGUCUCGUUGGUCAAAUAAAAGAAGUCCAAGAAGGCAAAUCUUUGGUGGGCAAAGUGCCCAAUGAACAAGGUCAAGUUCUAGAUGAAGAUGGGGAAACUAUAGGACUUGUCGAGGUUGUCUUUGGGGCGAGCGCUGAAAAGGCAAUGCGCAGGCUGGGAGAUGAAUCGGAAAAGACUGAAGCACCCGACACGUCUAUUCUCAAUGGCCUUCAAGUCGAUGACACAGGCCAAAUCGUCGACCAAAGUGGCACUGCUUUUGGCGUGUUAGACAGUGGUGAAUUAUCGGAAGUCACCGGGAUGUCUGUCAACGACAAAGGGCUGAUACUAGAUGACGAUGGCAACAUCGUGGGAAAGGCCCGACCGUUGGAUGAAGAAGCUAUCGAAAAAUCGAAAGCCGCCAAAGAUACCGACGAGGCGCUGUCACCACUCUCCGAGCUUGAAGGCUUGAAAUGCAAUAAAUUUGGCAAAAUCGUCAACGAAAGUGGAAAACCCAUUGGUGAACUAUUCGAAGGUGAUCCAAGAAAGCUCGCUCGAUCAGGUGCACAGCUUGAUGAUCAAGGCCGGUUUUGGGACGACAGGGGCAAUGUGAUCGGCAAAGUUCAUACACUUCCCACGGAAGAAGAAGGAGGACCAUUUGCCGACUUUGAGGAGCCUUUUGUCACAGGUGAAGGCGACAUCCACGAUACAUACGGCCAGAAAGUCGGCAUUCUUGUGGAAGGCGAGAUUCGCAAAGUACUUGGACGAGCUGUGGAUGACGAUGGUGAUAUAUUGGAUAAAAAUGGCAAUAUCUUGGGUCGCGCAGAGCCUUGGGAGGAACCCGAGCCCGAAAGCGAGCCUGAACCAGAGGCGGUCGACCUUUCGGAAUUAGAAGGCCUCAAUGUGAACAAAAUAGGCAAUGUGACAGGGCCUGACGGAAUACCCAUAGCUCGUCUUAGCGAAGGUGAUCCAAAGGCAGUGAGAGGCAGGAAAAUCGACGCUUAUGGACAAAUCUGGGGUGAUGAUGGAGAGGUCCUCGGACGAGUCACACUUAUUCCCGAGGAGGAGCGUGAAAACUUGACUCCAUUUGGGGAUUACCACGAUUUGGUAGUUCGGAAAAAUGGUCAUGUUGAGGAUGAAGACGGCAACAUUGUUGGAAGGAUAAUUGAAGGUGAUCCUCAAAAAUUGCAGGGUCGCGCUGUGGACGAGGAUGGAGAUAUUGUUGACAAGCGAGGCAAUGUUGAAGGACGGGCCGAGCCAUAUACUCCACCUGAAGAGGAUGAACAAGAAGAGGAGGAGAGCCUAUCGAUCCUUGAAGGGAUGAAGGUCAACAAAAUGGGCAACAUAGUUGACGAAAAUGGUUCAGUCUGGGGGCGAAUUACUUCCGGUAAUCCCAAGAAACUUGCCGGGAAGCAAGUUGAUGCGGAAGGUCAAAUCUGGAGCGACGAUGGGCACAUUCUGAGCCUCGCUGAACUUGUUCCGGCUAGUGAGCGAGAAGAAGCCGAGGGUAUUUUCUAUGGCCUUGAAGGCCUGGUGGUCACCAAAGAUGGAACAAUCGUCGAUUCGACAGACCAAGUUGUCGGCAGGCUAGUCGAAGGAGACCUUGUUCGGCUCAAGGGCCGUGCCGUUGAUGAAGAUGGAGAAAUCAUCGAUAAAGUUGGAAAUAUUAUUGGCCGCUCAGAACGAUGGACUCCGGAGGAAAUCCCGCGCGAUGUUAGUCCAAUGAGUGGCAGGAAGGUCACCCGAGAGGGAGAAAUUCGCGACGAGGAUGGCAAUCUGAUUGGCCGAUUGACCGAGGGCAACUUAAAGGCCCUGGUAGGUAAAGCCGUUGAUGAUAAUGGGUAUAUUAUGGACAACGAUGGGAACAAAAUCGGAGAAUGCACGCUAUUGGAGAACAUACCUGACGAGCCCGAGGAAGUCGAGGAGCUUGAGGAACCCGAGGAACCAGCCUUGUCUGCUGAAGAAAUCGAACAGCAGGAAAAAGAAGAGCAUGAACGAGAUUUGGCAAAGAAAAUGUCUGCGAUUGUGCAGCAGACACUAGACUCUGUUGAGCCUCUCUGUAAACAAAUCACCGAGCAUAUUGAGCGAGCCGAUCGAACACCACGAGAGGAGCUUGACGAGGAGCAACUCGUGAAGACCGUGAAGCCUCUCAUCGAAGACGCUGGAAACAUGUUACAGGAAUGCAAGGGUGCCCUUCGCGCUCUGGACCCCGACGGUCAAAUCGCGGCGUCCGCUAAAGCUCGCAGUGUGUCUCACGAGGCGACAUCUGAAGAAUACCAAUUGGCCGAUUUGUUGAAACAACUGUCUCAAACCAUUUCCACCACAAUUGACAAUGGUCGAAAGCGCAUUGCCGAUAUGCCGCAUGCGAAGAAAAAGCUCAAUCCUCUGUGGUCUUUGCUUUCUGAGCCCCUUUUCCAGAUUAUUGCAGCCGUAGGCCUGCUUCUCAGUGGAGUGGUUGGUCUUCUUGGGAAUCUGCUCAACGGCCUUGGACUUGGAGGUCUUGUCCGUGGACUUUUUGGGGGUUUGGGAAUUGAUAAUCUUCUAGGUGGGCUUGGUCUCAAAUAA